UAUAACAAAUAAUUUGAGCUAAACCAGUAACAAGUUGAGCGCCCCCGGAAAUGUGAGAGAUGACGACACUACUAGAGCGCCCCAUAAGAGAGGACCGGAGUGUUCCACCCACAAGAGCACCCCGACCUGUAACUCUCAAACCUGUCGAGGAUGAAACAGACAAACCUCGACAAGUUUACCGUAUCAGAAAGUCAGACUACGUCAAGUUACCUCCUAUCAAACCCAAAGCAGCGAAAGAAAUACACCGGUAUGAUGAAGACAGAAGCUUGUGUGAUCGGGUUGCCGACGAGAUUCUUCUAGAUGAGCACAUGCUAGAUAUAGAGAGGUAUGUAAAAGAUCUUUUGCCUGAUCUUGCAUCGCAUCCUGCUAAAAUUAGAGAAACUAUACGAUCACCCACCAUGAUCAGUGAAACAGAUCUCAGUCUUUGGAAAGGCGGAGCCGGCAGAAAGGGGGCACAUGCAGCUGGCCACCAAAGGAAGGGUUCACAUUUGCCGAUAAGCGCUUUGUAUAAUCUGGGGCAAGCACUGCUCACCGUACAACAAGCCAACCUGAACAGAGACCUUCUCGAAAAAGAGGUGGAGAUAAAGCGUAUCCUGGAACAACACCGUCCCAUCCUACUCAGAAGUCUGAAGAACUGGCGAACGUUAGGGAAAGAUGCUAAGAUGAGACGUGAAAGGUUGGCGAUUGAUGGAGCUGGAUUUGGCGGGGACGAAGGUGAUAGCAUGGGCUCUCCUCUUGGCAGCAGCAUAUCUGCAAAUAGGGACAGUGCCCUCGGGGACAGUGCUCUCGGAGACAGUGCUCUCGGACUGUGGGAAUCAGGGGAUCAAGACACCGACUACCUGCCCUCACAGCGAACCCUGGUGACAGGGGAGCAGGAGAGAGCUAACCUCCUUCACAGUUUGACGGAGGGAGAGUUAAAAGAGGACACUGAGGAUACCACGGAGACAGAAAGUCCGGAAUAUGGGGACUCCAGUGGUGAGGCUGACAAUGAAGACGAUAGUUCUAGUGAUGACGAUAUAAGCCCCCUUCAGUUUAAUUCACCUACGGACACAACUCCUUCUACCUCUACGAUGGCAUCUACUACACCACCUCAACCCACUCCUGUUUCCGCCCUCGAAGUGAAACAAGAAUCUGCCUACAUCCCCUCACCUGAACCAGACAUAUUGCCAACUCCGACACCAAAGCUGCAGAGCAGACAAAGUCUACCUGCUGUUUCUGCCAUGUCCGAGGACUCCCUUCGACCUCCUCACAGCAGUGACAUCCCCCACUCCGGCAAGACCAGUGGGACAGAUCGGAGUGUGCUGGCUCCAAGUGAUGAUAUUUUGGGGAUCAAUGCCAUGUUGAACGAUACUGACGACGAGGAAAAAGGAGAGGGGGAGUUAGGGGGAGAAGAGGAUGAGGAUGAGCAGGAACACAAUUGGUCCUCAGAGGAUUCCUUGUCAGCAACAGAAGACGAUGACCUUGAUGAGACUCCGCCUGCUGUUUAUGUUUACAAGCCUAAAGUCAAAACGCCUACUCCAACACCACCUCCGACGCCUCCCCCAGAGCCACCUGUUAUUAUAGUGGAGAAGACUCCCACACCCCCACCUCCCGUUGUUACAGCUCUUACCUCCCCAGCGAAAAAGAUUCUCGCGAAACCGCCGGCUCGUGUAACCAUGCAGCGCCUUGCUGAGGACGACUUUAUCAAGGGCAAGAUGGCCGAGGCAGCCGCCAGAGCGAAGCAGCGGGCAAUUGAAAAGGCUCUGGAAAAGGAGAUGGAAGAGGUAAUGGAAUCCCAGAACAGUGAAGAACUGAACGGAGACGAAAAUGUUGAUGAGAUCCUUCAGAGAUUUACUAUAGUGGAUAAGGGGAGACUAAACUAUCUUAACAAGAUCUUCAAAGAUUACCAGGCUGAGGAGGAGCACCCCUACCUUACACACCAGGAGAUGAAAAGGGCGCUGUCUCAAAUGAAAUCCUGCACCAAAAUCACACGGAAACAACUGAAGUUCAUCGAGUUACUCCUCGGACUCAAAAAAGAGAAAAUUUCGUUCCAUACGUUUGCCGUCAUGGCCACUCUGAUCGAUCACAUGUCUCAUAAAGACCCGGCGACGCUGGCAAUGUUCGACAGCAUUGAUCUGACCAGGCUGGAACACGAUCUGCCUAGGUUAAAGAGAUUAUUUCACUGCGUAAGCGAACGAGACGUGUUCGGAUGGCCAAAAUUGACUACCACAGCGAUGGAGAUAGAGCUGUUGGCCGCUUGCGUUCCCGAAAGUACAAGAGUUAAAAUAAUUAAAGAACUUGACCCGGACGAGGUCGGCGAGAUUUCUAUAUUCGACUUCAUCCUGUUCACCCCAUUCUGGGUCUACCUACAUGACGGAAUAAUAGACAACCCUUUCAGAGAAAUCGAGAGAGAAGUGGUGUCGCCAGUUCACCGAAAGUGGGGUGUGUCGGUGCUGUGGUUGCCGGAGAACCAUCAAAACGCUCGAGAACCUCGUGCUAGUCCUGCCUCUGGGUGUGGCAGUGAACGUUCAACUCCUCCAGUCUACAUUGAGGAUCCAAAGAUGAGAACGGUGCAAGGUGAGCCGGACUAUUCUGAUGAGGAGGAUGACGAUACGGAGGGUAUCGUAAACAGCGAUGAUGAGGACUGAUAACCAUGGCAACUACCGGCAGAAGAUGCAGAAUGCAUCCUGUUUAUAUAACAGAUAGUCACGUGUUCUAGCAGAUAGUCACGUGCUCUAGCAUGAGGAAUUGAUACUAAUUUCUGGGUCUAUUUGUACUAUUGUAAUCGGAUUUUGGGAACCGAAAACCUUCAUAAGCUGAUAUUGACAUUGUUGUUAUGGCUUAAUUCAAAUUGUGGUAUGAAAAGAUGUAUUUCAUAUGAGAAAGAAAACGUCAGAUUAAAACAUCAUUAAAUAUGAAAGGGGAGUUUUUAAAUUUUGGUCGUUGAAAAUUGAACUGAUUUGGUUUACUUUUAAUCUCCAAUAUUCUGUUAACAAUAUCCUCAUAGUGUUCACUAUCAACUAUACCAAGGCAAAUAAUCGUAUAUUUGGAGCGGUGCUCAUGUUUCAGCGACUGCAUAGCGACUGCAUAGCGACUGCAUAGCGACUAGACUGCAUAGCACGCUUAAUUAAAUAGUUUGCGAUUUGACAUACAAUUAUACAAUAUGUUCGCGAACAUGAUUAUAGUGUACCGGUACGCUUGUUGGCGUUACUUGUAUGCGCGGGUUUUUUUGGGUUACUUCGCAAGGUUAGGCUUCGCUCUUCAGAAUAUUAUUUUUACAUGUUCAAUGUUGCAACAAUUAAUCAGCUCUGGAAGAUUUAUGUCAAAUCUAAUUAAUAGUUAUAACAUUGAAUAAACUGUACUUUUGUUUCAUUUACAUUAUAAUUAAGCUUGUAUCACAUCGU